AAAUUGUUGAUCCUGGCGCACAGCAGGCUGGACAACUCGCCUGUGGCCCGCUUGCAUUUUGCACAAGGCUUGUCUACGCACGUUUAGUCAUUUCACGAAGCAUUCUUUUCCCGACGAUCAGCAUCACCAGAUUGAGACGACUGUUCACGUUUUCACAUUCUCUCAUGGCGUCACCUCAUUUCCGCAACUGGUGUCUUACGCUUGAAUCUCUUCACUAUCAUCUAGAGCUGCACUAAGGUUCUAUCAGCCCCAAUUGAAUUGCUUCCAACCCACCCUCUCGAACUGCCUGCGCGCCAUCAUCUUCGUCCCAGUCGCGCUUGAGCAUCACUGGGCCACCCCAGAACCCCGGCUGGCUAGACUCUGAACAGCAGCCAUGCAUGUCAAAAACCCCCAAUCCGCGCUCCUCUCCAACCACGAGGUCUACCAACAUAUCCGCUCAGCAUCCGACUACUACCUCUCCAAAGAGCGCAAUCGCGACAAGACCCUCUCCAACGUCCGAGAGAUCCUACAGGAUGGCUUGCGCUAUUUCGAAGGCGACCCCAACGCUGCCGCAGACACCGCGCAGUGGACUAACCCCGCAAAAGAGACUGCGGACUACCACCCCGAGCGCCCGAUGACGCUGUACAAGGGCCCGCACUCGCUGCUCCGCGCGCUGGCGCCGAAGUACAGGCUGAACAAGGCCGAGUAUCUGCAGCUGUACAAUGUGCGACCGACAUCCCGCAUCACGCUUGAACUCAUUAUUGAAGAGGCGACUUCGCGGUUCAGCGAGGAAGAGCUGGACGACAUCCUGCAGCAGGUGCUGAAUGUGUUUUAUGAGGAGGAAGCGAGUAUUCCGGCGGGCGUGGAGAAUCAGGAGAUGGAGAAAUUACCCGAUGAGAUGCUUGGCGAUUCGAGAAGGAAGCACAAGAAGAAGCAGAGGCGCAGGGCAUGAGGCUGGGGUUCUGCCUCUUAUAUGACUUCGUUUGCGGAACAAGAUCUCCUCGGGCGAGUGCAUAUACCCGGAGCAGCAGCAUAAGGAUCAGGAAGGAAGAGAGCUAGGAAGUAAAGGGUCCCAUGUGAGCACGAGUACCAUGAUAGACAGGAGGCAUUGAACGGAUUGGUAAAAUUCACACAUGAUGCGGCGGGUAUUUCUCAAACAACCACUCAUCACACAUCAUUCCUCCCCAGCUUUCAUCCAAAGCUACAUGCACAUCCGCGAAAGUGAACAGAACAGAUACAAGUAUGCCCAAGCCGAACCAU